AUGACUUCAAUUUCUCCACACAAGCAAACAAUGGCACUCUGCGGUCCUUUUCUUCUCUCUUCUUGCCCUGCUCACAGACUCAAGUUCAAUCCUUUCCUUCUCACCAAGCACAGUCCUCUUCCCUCCUCCACCCUCUCUCUAUGUCGUCCUUCUCUCACAACCAUAUCUCCCUGGCAAUUCAACCGUCCCCGCCCAAGGUUCUUCGCAGCUUCAGUAGCUGCACCAGAAAAUGGUGUGUUUCCUUCCUCGGAGCUGGCAAAGUCCUUUGAUUUUUCUGCCGAGGAACGAAUUUACAACUGGUGGGAGUCACAAGGGUACUUCAAGCCAUCUGUUCAUCGGGGAAGUGAACCUUUCGUGUUAUCUAUGCCUCCUCCCAAUGUUACCGGGUAUCUGCAUAUGGGGCAUGCCAUCUUCGUCACUCUUGAGGAUAUUAUGGUGAGAUACCAUCGAAUGAAGGGAAGACCAACAUUAUGGAUUCCUGGGACAGAUCAUGCUGGGAUUGCAACUCAGCUGGUUGUUGAGAAAAUGCUUCAAAGUGAAGGAAUGAAGAGGACUGAAAUGGGAAGAGAUGAUUUCAUUAACCGUGUAUGGGAGUGGAAAGAAAAGCAUGGUGCAAGAAUCACAAAUCAGAUAAAAAGAUUAGGAGCUUCUUGUGAUUGGACCAGAGAGCACUUUACUCUUGACGAGCAGCUAAGUCGAGCUGUGAUAGAGGCUUUCAUCAAGCUUCACGACAAAGGCUUAAUCUAUCAAGGUUCUUACCUGGUCAACUGGUCCCCUAAUUUACAGACUGCAGUUUCUGACUUGGAAGUUGAAUAUUCUGAAGAACCUGGUACUCUAUAUCACAUCAACUAUCGUGUGGCUGGAGGUACAAGGAGUGACUUCUUAACAAUAGCAACAACUCGCCCGGAGACUUUAUUUGGGGAUGUCGCUAUUGCUGUGAAUCCAGAUGAUGAUCGCUAUACUAAAUAUAUUGGAAAAAUGGCAAUCGUACCUAUGACAUAUGGUCGCCACGUACCUAUAAUCUCUGAUAAGUAUGUUGAUAAGGAAUUCGGAACUGGCGUGCUGAAGAUAAGCCCAGGGCACGAUCAUAAUGAUUAUAUUCUUGCUCGUAAGCUUGGUCUCCCAAUACUUAAUGUGAUGAAUAAGGAUGGGACUCUUAAUGAUGUUGCUGGACUGUACUGUGGUCUUGAUCGAUUUGAAGUACGAAAGCAACUGUGGGCGGAUCUUGAGGAGACGGGCUUAGCUGUGAAAAAGGAGCCACAUACCCUACGAGUUCCCCGAUCACAGCGUGGAGGAGAGAUAAUAGAACCAUUGGUGAGUAAGCAGUGGUUUGUGAAUAUGGAAUCCCUAGCUGAAAAGGCCCUUCAUGCAGUUCACAAAGGAGAAAUAACCAUAAUGCCUGAAAGAUUUGAGAAGAUUUAUAAUCAUUGGCUAUCAAACAUCAAGGAUUGGUGCAUAAGUAGACAGCUUUGGUGGGGGCACCGGAUACCUGUUUGGUACAUUGAAGGGAGAAGUGGUGAAGAAGACUAUAUAGUUGCUCGUAAUGAAGUUGAAGCCCUAGAGAAAGCUCAUGAAAAAUAUGGAGAAGGUGUGGAAAUAUAUCAAGAUCCAGAUGUUCUUGACACAUGGUUUUCAAGUGCUCUUUGGCCCUUUAGCACUCUUGGAUGGCCCAAUGAGUCAUCGGAAGAUUUUAAGAGGUUUUAUCCAACUACAAUGCUUGAAACUGGGCAUGAUAUUUUGUUCUUCUGGGUGGCAAGGAUGGUCAUGAUGGGAAUUGAGCUUACGGGGAAAGUUCCAUUUUCAAAUAUUUAUCUUCAUGGACUUAUUCGGGAUGCACAAGGGCGGAAAAUGUCUAAAACGUUAGGGAAUGUAAUAGAUCCUCUGGAUACAAUCAAGGAGUAUGGUACCGAUGCUUUGCGAUUCACUCUUGCGCUGGGAACCGCUGGCCAGGAUCUUAAUUUAUCUAUGGAAAGGUUGACUGCUAAUAAAGCAUUCACUAACAAACUAUGGAAUGCGGGAAAGUUUGUGUUACAAAACUUACCUAGUCAAACUGAUGUAUCAGCUUGGGAAGCUAUACUAGCUCAUAAGUUUGGUGCAGAAGAGUCGCUUCUCAGGCUACCUUUACCUGAACGUUGGGUGGUCUCAGAACUUCAUGUGCUCACUGACACGGUCACUGCAAGCUAUGACAAAUAUUUCUUUGGAGAUGUUGGAAGAGAAGUCUAUGAUUUCUUUUGGAGCGAUUUCGCUGAUUGGUAUAUCGAAGCCAGUAAAGCUCGCUUAUAUCAGUCAGGAGGGAAUUCAACUGCGUCUCUGGCACAAGCUGUUCUAUUAUAUGUCUUUGAAAAUAUAUUGAAGCUGCUGCAUCCUUUUAUGCCGUUUGUAACCGAAGAGCUUUGGCAGGCUCUCCCUAAUCGGAAAGAAGCUCUCAUAAUUUCUUCAUGGCCCCAGACUUCCCUUCCAAGACAUGCCAACUCAAUAAGGCAAUUUGAGAACUUCCAAGCUUUAACUAGAGCAAUCCGAAAUGCUCGAGCAGAAUAUUCCGUGGAGCCAGCCAAGCGUAUUUCGGCAUGGAUAGUUGCCAACAAAGAUGUCGUCCAGUAUAUCUCUAACGAGAAGGAAGUGUUGGCUCUUCUAUCCCGGCUCGAUACAGAAAAUGUCCAUUUCGCUACUUCUCCUCCAGGGGAGGCAAACAAGUGCGUACACCUUGUUGCAAGCGAAGGACUGGAAGCUUAUCUCCCACUUGCUGACAUGGUCGAUAUAUCUGCCGAAGUGGACCGCCUUUCGAAGCGCCUUGCCAAGAUGCAGACGGAAUACGAGGGCCUCGUGGCUCGCCUCGGUUCUCCGAAAUUCGUGGAGAAAGCUCCGGAGGAUGUGGUACGCGGGGUCAGAGAGAAAGCAGCGGAGGCAGAAGAGAAGAUCAACCUGACGAAGAAGCGGUUGGAGUUGCUGAGAUCCUCUGCAUUGGUAUCACAAUAG